CCCGGGGAGGACGCAGGUGGAGCGGGCGUGUCUUCGUGGAAGCCGGCGCCUGCCGCUGCGGUCGUCCCGGUCGCUGCCGGGUCCCGGGCACCGGGCAGUCUGCUCCCGCUCCCGGGGAGGAGCCGCCGCCGCUGGGCACCAUGAACAGUAGCAGCGCCCACAUCACCUACGCCAGUCGCAAGCGGCGGAAGCCGGUGCAGAAAACUGUCAAGCCAAUCCCAGCUGAAGGAAUCAAGUCAAAUCCUUCCAAGCGACAUAGAGACCGACUUAAUACAGAGUUGGACCGUUUGGCUAGUCUGCUGCCUUUUCCACAAGAUGUUAUUAAUAAGCUGGACAAACUUUCAGUUCUUAGGCUCAGUGUCAGUUACCUAAGAGCCAAGAGCUUCUUUGAUGUUUCAUUACAGUCCUCCCCAGCUGACAGGAAUGAAGUCCAGGAAAACUGUAGAACAAAAUUCAGAGAAGACCUGCAUCUGCAAGAAGGAGAAUUCUUACUACAGGCUCUCAAUGGCUUUGUGCUGGUUGUCACCACAGAUGCUUUGGUCUUUUAUGCUUCUUCUACCAUACAAGAUUACCUAGGGUUUCAGCAGUCUGACAUCAUACAUCAGAGCGUAUAUGAACUUAUUCAUACUGAAGACCGAGGUGAAUUUCAGCGUCAGCUACACUGGACAUUAAACCCUUCACAGUGUACAGACUCUGGACAAAGAAUUGAUGAAGCUAAUGGCCUGCCACAGGCAGUAGGCUGUUACACCCCAGACCAGCUUCCUCCAGAAAACUCUUCCUUUAUGGAAAGGAGCUUUGUGUGCCGACUCAGAUGUCUCCUGGAUAAUUCAUCUGGUUUUCUGGCGAUGAAUUUCCAAGGCAGGUUAAAGUAUCUUCAUGGACAGAACAAGAAAGGCAAAGAUGGAUCAGUACAACCACCUCAGUUGGCUUUGUUUGCCAUAGCGACUCCCCUUCAGCCACCAUCCAUCCUGGAGAUCCGAACCAAAAAUUUCAUCUUCAGAACCAAACACAAACUAGACUUUACACCCACUGCUUGUGAUGCCAAAGGAAAACUUGUUUUAGGCUAUACUGAAGCAGAGUUGUGCAUGAGAGGAUCAGGAUAUCAAUUUAUUCAUGCUGCUGAUAUGCUUUAUUGUGCUGAGUACCAUAUCCGGAUGAUUAAGACUGGAGAGAGUGGCAUGAUAGUAUUCAGACUUCUUACCAAAGAAAAUCGAUGGACCUGGGUUCAGUCUAAUGCACGCUUAGUGUAUAAAAAUGGAAGACCAGAUUAUAUCAUUGCAACUCAGAGACCUCUAACAGAUGAAGAAGGAACAGAACAUUUACGAAAGCGAAAUAUGAAGUUGCCGUUUAUGUUUACUACUGGAGAAGCUGUGUUAUAUGAGAUAACCAGUCCUUUUCCUCCCGUGAUGGAUCCCUUAUCAAUAAGGACUAAAAAUGGUACAAGUGGGAUAGAUUCUGCUACCAAAUCAGCUCUCAAUAAGGAUUCUCUCAAUCCCAGUUCCCUCCUGGCUGCCAUCAUGCAACAGGAUGAGUCUAUUUAUCUCUAUCCCGCCUCAGGUAGCACCCCGUUUGAAAGAAAUCUUUUUAAUGAACCUGUGAAUGAAUGCAGUAAUUGGCAAGACAAUAUCGCACCAAUGGGAAGUGACGGUAUCCUGAAACAUGAGGAAAUAGAUCAUUCUCGGGAAAUGAACCCAACACUCUCUGGAGGUCCGACAGGGCUCUUUCCAGACAACAGAAAUAGUGACUUGUAUGGCAUUAUGAAACAGCUAGGCAUUGAGUUUGAAGAUAUCAAACACAUGCAACAGAAUGAGGAAUUUUUCAGAACUGACUUUUCGGUUGAGGAUGACUUCCGAGAUAUUGACCUAACAGAUGAAAUCCUGACCUACGUCCAAGAUUCUUUAAGCAAGCCCACCGUCGGGUGUUCAGACUACCCGCAGCCACAGUCCCUGGCUCUGGCCUCGAGCUGUGUGGUGCAGGAGCCCCUGCAGUUCGAACAGCCGCAGCACCGCCCAGAGCACGGAGCCGUGGAGCGGGCACAGCUGUGUCAGAAAAUGCAGCAUAUGCAAGUUAACAGCAUGUUUGCCACCUGGAACCCUCACCCGUCCGUACCUCGGAGUUGUCCUCAGCAAGAUCUGCAGCAGUAUAGUGUCUUUUCAGACGUCCCUGGCACCAGCGAAGCGUUUCCCUACACACCUGAGAGCAAUCCUGUGCCAUACACACAGACCUUUAUUCCCUGUCAUCAGCCUGUGUUACCACAGCAUUCCAACGGGACACAGUUAGGCUUUCCCAUAGGGAAUUUUGAACCAUCCCCAUACCCUACUAAUAAUUUAGAAGAUUUUGUCACAUGUUUACAAGUUCCUGAAAACCAAACCCAUGGACUGACUCCAGAGUCAACCACAGUAAGUCCUCAGGCCUGUUAUGCCGGGGCCAUGUCCCUGUACCAGUGCCAGCCGGAGCCACCGCCCAGCAGUGUGGCCCACAUGCCCUACGAUCCAGCGACAGCACCACAGGCAUUUUUAAACAAGUUUCAGAAUGGAGGAGUUUUAAAUGAAACCUAUCCUGCUGAAUUAAAUAAUAUAGAUAACACUCAGACUACCACACAUCUUCAGGCCCUUCAUCACCCAUCAGAAGCCAGACCUUUCCCUGAUUUGACAUCCAGUGGAUUCCUAUAAUUCCAACCCCGUUUUAUGCACCUUGGUUUUCGGAUGAGUUUGCAGAAGAUUACAGAAUAAAAACUGUCAGUGUUGGUCAUCAGCAAGUUUCCAUGGAGGCAUUGUUGUGUGUUAUUGUUUGUGCUAUUUCUCCAAACCAAUGUUUUUAAGAGUUAAAAAAAUUAUCAAAAAUAACAUAUCCUAAAAUCAUUAAAAUAGAAAGUGUGCUGCCCCAGAGGGUGAGAGUCCAUCUCUAUUUCACGUGAUUCUGAGUACCAGGGAAUAUACAAAACUUAUUUAGGGGAACUUUAGGACACUUUUAAAUUUCUGUCCGAAAAAAAAAAAAAAAAACUUUUGAGUUUUAAACUCCUACAUUGUCAAUACGCCAAAUACAGAAUUAAACUCCUUUUAUUUUUGGUUUCGGCUUUUAUCUCCGAUAUUAAAAUAAGUGGUGUGGUGCUUUUAUAAAAGAUAAUCUCAGUGCUUUCCUUCUUCAUUGUUAAUAUAAGUGCCUCACAAUUUUUUAUACCUCUAACACUGUAGGAUGUAUAUUUGAUAGAAAAUAUACCUUUUUAAAUUAAUAACAUUCUGCGCACAAAUAUUAUUUGUAUUUCUUAAAUUCAGUCAUUUUUAUUUUUCCAAGCAUGUUUUAACUGCACUACUCACCCACUCUCUUCAGGAAAAGGGCAAAUAAUGAUUGAGAAGAUAUUUAUUAUAUAAUCCAGUUGCUUCUAGACUCUAAAUGUUGCUCUGUGCCUUAUGUUGAAAAAUUUUGAGAGUAAAAUGUGUUUCUGAAUUAUUUUUUGAUCAUCAUAUAAACAUUAAGACCACAGCACUAAAAUUUCAACAGUGUUUUCAGAAGAAAGAGAGAUACUACCAUUUACCUUUACUAAAAUUUCCGUGAUCACUGAAUGUUGCAAUGUGGAAAAAUCUGCUUGAAUGCAACCAUGUUUAUUAACUUGCAAUGAGAAGUAGCUUUAUUUCUAGCUCUUUAAUUAAUCACCCAUUUCAACGUGUAUAAAUUCUUUAAAAACUAUUUUAGAUCUAGAAUGAGCUUUAAGGUAUAAUGUGUUGACUUUAUAAAUUUCACUUCUUAAUACAGUGGAAACUAUUUUUCUCAUAUUUGAGGAGUGUUAAGAUGGAAUAUAGCAAUGUUUAAUGCGAAGUAUUGUUAUGAGUGAAAUGAAUGGUGCAAUUAUAGUUUAUAAUGAACAAAAUUAUUUGUAAAAUAUUUUCAAUCUUUCAUUUAAAAAGUCUAUACCCUAUAUAUGCACCUAAUUUGGGUCUUACAUAUUUUAUCAGUGCAUCUUUUUAAGAAAUCAUACAAUGAAUGCAACUGCUUUUACCUUGGUAUUAAGACAACCAUGCAGUUCUCUUAACUUCAAACAUUAUGUUGUUUAUAUGAUAUAAUGACCUUUAUUAUCAGUAAGGCAAAUUAAUCACCCUACUAAGUUUACCAUCCUCAGGUGAUUUUUUAAAAAAAAAAAACCCUUUUACUUAAAUGUGACAUCUGAAGGGCAGACACAGAUUGCAUGUAGUAUAUAAAAACAUGAUGGAAUCUCAAACUGAGAUGUAGUAUUAAAAUACAAUAUUUUUCACCUUUUUUUUAGUAAAUCAAUGUAUAUAAAAGGCUUCAGACAAAAUAUGUCAGUUAUAUGCAUUUUCAGUCAAAAUUUUCAAUCUGUAGCAUCAAUUUAAAUGUUGAAAAAAUAAAUUUAUCUAAACCAUUUCAUAAUUUGUUUUCAGCACGAGGUAACACUGAAGAUUUAGAGCAGGGUCUGCAUUAAUAUUCCAUUUUUUUACAUUUAAGCCUUUCAUUAAAAGUCUUCAUGUAACCAUUUUUGUUAGUCUUUUCCACAUGUUUUUGAGUGAAUUAUUUAGCAGAUAAAUAGGCUUAUUUUACAUUGUGAAUAGGAUGACAGUUAAGCACUUAUACAGUUACAAAAUUUUAAAGCAAUACUGUAUAUUUUUAUCUAUAUAAAAUAACUAAAAUGUAUCUAAUAACAACAAAAUCACAUUAAACCAAAUAUACAUUUGUCUGUAUUGCUAAGGGCCAAAGGAUGCUGUGUGUGUCCCCGCUGUAACGAGGGAUUCAUUUUUACAUGAUGCGCACUUCUGAGGAUAUGGAUGUGUCUAAUUUGAACUUCUAUACCAGUUUGUUCUUCUCGUGUCUGAAGAUUCACCAGUGUUUCAAUGUAGUAGGAACCUUUCAGUCAUCACUAUGCUCUACCAUCUCGUGUUUCUCAGUAUUACCAAAUCUUAGGUAGAUGUUUUCAUGGCUUUUCUCUUUUCUUCAAAAUGUUACUGCUUACCUAUUAUGCCAUGCAUACAUUUUUAAAAUAUGAUUUUAUCCUUAUCAAACAAAAUUGUAUACAAUAAUAUAUGGUAAUAAAAUAAUCACUAAGUGUAAA